AUGUCCGACUCAGCUCAAGCAGCAGGAAAGCGCAAGCGUGCGAGGACCCAGUCAUGUCCUCCCCCAGAGCUCCCCCAGCUCGUCGCAGAGCAGCAUGUGGCUAUUCCAACUCAUGAUAAGGACACCCAGCGCCUGAUCGUGGUUCUCUCCAAUGCCAGUCUGGAGACCUACCGAGCUGUCUCAAGCGGACGUAAUGGAUCCAAAGAUGAGAAGUACUCUCUGCUGAACAGCGAUGAGCACAUCGGUAUCAUGCGCAAGAUGAACCGUGAUAUCAGCGAAGCUCGCCCGGAUAUCACCCACCAGUGCCUUCUUACUCUCCUCGACUCCCCCGUUAACAAGGCCGGUCGCUUGCAAAUUUUCAUCCACACGGCCAAGGGUGUGCUGAUUGAAGUCAACCCCUCCGUUCGCAUUCCCAGAACUUUCAAGCGUUUCGCCGGUUUGAUGGUCCAGCUGCUCCACCGUCUCUCCAUCCGCUCCACCAAUUCCCAAGAAAAGCUCCUCAAGGUCAUCAAGAACCCCAUCACCGACCACCUGCCCCCCAACUGCCGCAAGGUGACCAUGAGUUUCGAAGCCCCCGUGGUCCGCACCAAGGACUACCUGGAGUCGCUGAACCCGAACGAGUCCGUCGCCAUUUUCGUUGGUGCCAUGGCCAAGGGCCACGAUGACUUUGCCGACAGCUUCAAGGAUGAAUCUAUCAGUAUCAGCAACUACAGUCUGAGUGCCAGUGUCGCCUGCAGCAAGUUCUGCCACGCCGCCGAAGAGGUCUGGGAUAUCCUGUGA